UUGCUUGUUCCACCAACUCUUCAUUUCCAAAUUUUAACAAAAACAAUGAUAUGCUUCUUUUUGUCGUUGUUGCUUUACACGCCGAAAUGUCAAACCGCCAUCAAAUCCUCGACGACGCCUCUGUCUUUACCUCCAACAACACUUCCAAUCUAUCGUUGAAACCAUCUAUGCCGCCGUCCAAAUAGUAAUGGCGUUCUCCGCAUUCAAAUCGUCGACGAGAAGAGGAAAUCCGGCCAAUACUUCCUCCUCUGCGAAGACGUUAUCUGACAAAGAAAGUAGAGAUAAUUCGAGUUCGAAGUCAUCCAAGAAUGUAUCGUCUCGCAGAUCAAGAAGCGUGAGUGCGUCCGCGAGAUCGAACUUGGAUGUCUCUUCUUCCUCCACCUCGGAGUUCUUGAACAAGAGAGAUAAUCCUCUAUUUUGGAGCGGAGGUGGCAACAACAAUGGCGUGGAAGUUGAUGAAAUCGUAUUGCUCAAGAAGGACGUGGAUUUGAGUUCUAAGUCGGUUGGUGCGGCUGAUGGUAGUAGGGGACGAUCCACUUCGCGAGAUGGUGGUGUCGGGCAGAUGCAGGUUGGGAGGAGUUUGUCGAGAGUGGAUACAGGGCGGCGGGGUCGCUCUGCGUCCCAGUGUCCGGUUUCAAGGCGCCAAUAUAUUAAUUCUGAGAGUGAAGCUGAGCAAGAAAUUAAUUUAUCAUCGAAACAUGGAAGUAGAAGUAAUCAGAACGGGGCAUUGAAUUGUGAUGGGAAAAAGAAGUCUAACAUAGUCAGGAGUAGUUCUGAUGUCCUGGAUAAAAUGAAAAGCCCGGGAUUCCGGUCCAGUCGGAGUCCUUCGGGUACCUUAGAUUUUGAAGAUGGAGUUUCAACCAGUUCAUAUUCUGAAGCUGAAGAAAAAACCAUAAAAGCAGUGUUUGAACAAAUGAAGUCAUUCCAGGGGGAUAAUCUGGGUGGAGAUGGCCCUACUAGUGGCAUAUAUGAAACCGUUAGAUCUGAAGUCAGACGCGCUAUAUCUGACAUCCAGAAUGACCUUGAAAGUGCCAUUCGAAGAAGUAAUGCAGCUGCUAUUGCAACUACCAGUGUAACUGAUAUUCCUCCUGAUUUGGUGAAUCCAGCUGCGGUCGAAUUAGUUUCUGACAUCAGAAGAGAAUAUGCCAAGAAACUUGAGCAGUCCCAAGAACGAGCUAGAAAACUUCGAGCAGACUUGGCCGUUGAGGAGCACCGUGAGCUGGAGCUGAGUAGAAUUCUGAAGGAAGUACUUCCAGAUCCCAAGAGCUCAAGUUUGCAAAAAUCUCGUCCAGGAAGAAAAGCAAGCAUUGAGAGAAGGAAAAUGUCGAAACGUCUGACAGAAGAAGCCAUGGCGUAUUUUGAUGAAUGUGUAUCAAUAUCAACUUUUGAUAGCUCUGACUUCUCAUCACAAGAAGACCCACCAAUUAGUUCAGUUGGAGUAACUACCCCGGUUGGUGAGCAUAUCUCCUUAUCCCAGGUAGGUUCAAGCAUUUCAAUCACUCGUCCCUGCAGUCGCCUCAAUGAUAAACAGGAAUUAAGCACCAAAGGCCUGUUCAUGGAAAGCCACGGCACAUUAGAACCAUCAGCCGGCAGCAGCAGUAGGGAUCCUACUCUGGAUCAUUUCAAUUCAUACAGCUCAGACAGAGAGCAAGGGUGCAAAUUUCAGUUUUCUUUCUCACCCAAGUCUGGUGAAACUUUUGAGCUUCAAGAAGACAUUAAGAAGUACGUUAGAGACUUCGAGAAAGACCCGGAAAAUGUCAACAUCAAAUCAAAGGAUGUAAGAUCGAGCCAAUAUGAUCUGGAAGAAAAUAGCUUGUAUGCAUCACGCCAAAGCUUAUUAUUCGACAGAGUGAUCUUUAAGAACAGGACAGAGUCUGGAAGCAUGCUACUUUGCGGUGGUUGUUUUGCCAGUGCAUUAUCACCUUUUGCUUCUGCAAUUUAAAGUAGGUUGUUGGGAGUAUCACAUGUUGAAUGCGAGAGUCUAUGCUGCUCUGUAGUCGCUCAUGGCAAAAAACCUGCUAUUUAUAUGCAGUUGGGAGUUAUUUCCAAUUCCAUGUAUAGGGCCUGGUUGGUUUUGUGUUUCUCACUUUCUCUCUCCAUCAUGCCUGACUUCCACAAGUGAUAUACUGGCAAUGGGGGAGGACCUGUAAAGUUUGGCAAGCAAAGAAGGAAUGAUGCAGAAGAAUUCCAUGUUGGGUGGUGGUCUCUCUCCUUGAUCGGUCAGUUAGUCCUUCAAAAACACUCUUGCACUGCAUUAAUUUACUUACCAUGGAUGUUGAGGCGCUCUCUCUGAUUUUCUUUUCUUUUCUAUUUCCCUCUUUUUAGUUAAUUUAGAUGCUGAUAAUUCAUACAUUAUAUAAUCAACUGUUUUGUGAUUA